AUGGCGCCGGCCGGACAGACUAAGCCGACGAGCGAGAGCGCUUUCCGGGCCAACAUGAGCGGCUUCAAGUGGGCACGAGGUAUCACAGACGACUCAUCAAAUCUUCAGCCCUCCUCGUCGUCGUCUUCUGGACCUGGAUCGAACCCGUUCUCGAGAUUCACAAGUUCGAUCUCUGGAUACGUGCCUCUGCGAAGUAACGAGCGGAGUAAUGAAGAAGAGGCUUAUUACGCUCUUUCGAGAUGGGAACGGACGAUUGGGUUUUUGAUGUGCACGACGGGAGCGAUGAUUUGCUUCAUAAUUUCGUUUUUCACCUUACCAUUACUAGCCAUCAAGCCCCGGAAAUUCGCCGUCUCUUUCUCCCUAGGCUCGAUCCUCUUCAUGAUCGGCUUCAUGGUCCUCCAAGGACCCGUCCAACACCUCAAACACAUCUUCUCAAGAGACCGACUACCCUUCACGGUCUCUUAUCUAAUUAGUCUAUCUGGCACUCUAUACUUUGCGAUCGGACUUCACUCGUACUUAGGAACACUGAUAUCUGGACUAAUUCAAGUAGUCGUGCUAAUCGUCUAUUUUGUCGCGUAUUUCCCCGGCGGCUUGACGACCUUGAGGUUCAUGGGAAGUAUCGGGAUGAGAGGAGCUUCAAGCUACUUGCCGGUCUGA